AUGGAUUCCACUCCGCCUUCGUUGGCUAUUACCCGCAUCUGCUCGUUACCGGUGCGGAGCCAGCUAACCACGGAGAUGCCCAUGGAGGGGGCGCAAAUGUUGCCACGGACACUCUCUCUGUUAGCUGGGUCAACACCAUCAUACACUGCAGGGAAAAUCUUUUUGGAUUUCACUUAUCGCCGUCUUGGUCUCAUUCGCGCCGUCACCAAAGCUCUUCCACUGUACAACCAUACGGAAGAGGAGGGAUUCUUUGGUAAGCAUGACCAAGGUGCACACUCACUGUACCUAUAUGGCAACAUUGAUGGGAGUUGGGAGUUGCGACAAUCGAAGCCUAAUGAACUACUUGGUAUCAACCUAGCAAAGCUAUGUGGGCCAGUUAUUGAAAAGAACUACGAGCCUGAGAGUGAGGAUGAAGCUCUAAGUGAUCCGGUCGUAUGUUCAGUUUGUGAUGGCCACUACCAUACAAGUGCAUUCUGGAUCUGUUGUGAUAUUUGCAACCAGUGGUACCAUGGAAAAUGUGUGAAGAUUACAGCCAAAAAAGCAAAUCGCAUAAAGCACUAUGAGUGCCCUGAGUGCUUCAACGAUAGGAUUGGACAUAAUUAA